GACAGCAUCAUCCUUCAGCGUGGCCCAAUCGAGCGCAGAUGGCAUCGAUGGAUCGCUCCAGGGAGAUGCUGACGGCCGCUCAAUGGCAUUCGGAUUGUUGCUGAAUUCAGCCCAGGCCUCAGGUGGAAGCUGAUUUCACAGCUGACCCAUUCUUUCAGUUGGAGACUACAGACUGAGCAUCUUCCUUCUGAUGGAUGUUGGAGCUUCAGUGAUUAUGCAGAGUGACAGUGAGUGUGCAGAGGACACACUGCCCAGCAUGUUCUGGGGUCUAGACCCAGUACACACAGUAUUUGCAAAACUUUACAUCAAGGACGUCCUAGAACUUAAGAAAUCUCGGCCUAUACCAGGAGUGUUCUUCUAUAAAACCCAUCCCAUCACCAAGGUGGAUAUCCUGGGUACAAUUGUUCAGAAGCGAGAGAGGGAGAAGUUUUUCAAUUUUGGAGUGGAUGAUGGGACUGGAGUGAUCAGCUGCUUGUGGUGGAAAAAACAAAGAGCAAUGGAGAAUGUAAAACUAGCUUCGUCUUCCUUUGGUCUGAACCUUCUGGAACAGCUGAAGAGGAUCAAUCAGCUGGAGCAAAGCAGCUCCCAGUUAGAACUGGGUGACAUCGUCCAGGUCAGGGGCUGGCUCAGAGAUUUUAGAGAUCAAAGAGAAGUCAACUCCACCAGUAUUUCUAAGGUGGUCGAUCCUCUAUUUGCUGCACAGAUUUCUCGGAUGCUGGAACUCCCAUACCUUUACCGAAACUUUUAUGAUAAACCAUUUGAAAUGCAAAAGGAUUCACCUGAACAAAAUGCUUUUAGUCAACAGGGAGUGCAGACUCUGUCACUGCAGAGGAAGAUCAAACAGUUUCUGAAUCAGAAUGGAGUGAAGAAUUUCUACCAGCGGGAGCUGGAGGCCAUCGACUCACUGGCUUGCAUUGCUCAACAAGACCGAGAUUGCCCCAGCACGGCCUGUGUAUCGAAGCAGAUUCAUGAGGUUUUUGAGGACGCUGUCUGCGCUCUGCAGGAGGAGGGAGUCAUCUUCCAGAAAGUGGCCGGACCCAGUGAGCUAUAUCUGGUGACUGAUGAGGAGAAAGAAUUACACAGUGUGACACUAGGAAUCAUUCGAGAUGAUUCCACACGACCAAAAUAUGUUGAUAAGGGCUGUCCUUUCCUUCACAUCAUGAGCUGUGUGCGGCACAGUUACAGUGCGGGAGUUAGUGAGGCCACAGUGCAGAGGGUGCUGGACAGACUGGAGUGCAACAGCGAGAUAGUCAGCACCAUGGACCGACACUACACAGCUUCCUGACUGGAACUCAGCCAAGAGGCCCCCACUCAGGCACCAAGAAAAACCUUAACACUGGACUCUGCUGGACUGAGCCAGGGAACAUGAGUCUUGACUCAACUCCCAUAUCGGUGAUUACCCAGCCUGUCGCUGAAAGCCAGGAUUUGCAAGAAUUCAUCUUUUAUCUACAGGGGUGGCACUGGAAUGUACCAUGGAGUCGCAAGGGGUUUUAAUCUCUAUUCCUAUGAAACCUCAGAUAACAGAUCUUGGUGUUUUGACUUUGAAUUUGUCCACUGCUAUGAACUAAAUAAAGAACUUGCAUUUA